GCAGUGCCUUUUCUCUCUAUAUAUUAUCAUCAGUUACCUUUUCUCUUUUAAGACCCACCAUUCUCUCAUAACUUCCCUUCAAACUCAUUUUUCAUUGAUCUUUCUCGAACCAAAAAAACCUCUCAAUGGCUACUUCACUUUCACUUUUUCUCAUGCCUAGCGAUGAUAGAAAACAAGAAUCCACCCUGGCCAUAAGUACGAAACCAGCUGAACCCACAAGAACUACUACUACUACUCGGACCAGAAAGCCUACUGCCAACAAAUGUCAAACUCGCAAAAAACAACCUCGAAGAGGUAUGGGAGUAGCUCAACUUGAGAAUUUAAGGAUUCAAGAAAGAUGGAAGGCAAUUACUGAGACUAACCAAAUUGGGUCUCUCAAUCUCCAACCCACCAAGCAGAUGCACGUUUUUGACCCGUUUAAUAAUAAUGAUGAUGAUAAUCAAAUGGCGCAGUCUGGUACUACUGUUAACCAUGGUGUGCCAAUGAGAAAUAAUGGUGUUGUUUUUAAUGGGUUCUUGGGUUGGGAUCACCAGGGAGGUGUGGUGGUUAAGAGGGUUGAUGAGUUUAAUGCAAAUAAUAAUGGUGGGUUUGGGUGCCAGGUUUUGGUUAACCCGUACAUGGUUGGAUCGGCUCCGGUUCAUCAGGCUGGGGCUCCAGCUCCAGCUCCUGCUGCUGCAGCAGUGCUUGAGGCUUCGAAAGAGCUCUCUUCAAUCCCAAAAGUAAUGCAGCAGCAGAAGCAACAUGAGCCUGCUCGUUGUGAUCUUUGCUUUAAGAUGGGAGGAUUCAGUGCCAGAGCUGCAACGAGUGCUUUCUAUGCCAAAUAUCAGAACCACAACAACAACGAGGGUGUAGAGGCGAUGGAAGCACACAGGAAGGGUAGUAACGCAAUGGGUAGAAAAGUUAUCAUGGAAUAUGAACUUUUCCCUGGAAAAAAUAGUAAAAGCACCUGUUUCAAGGAUAUGGAAUUUCCUACUGCAGAAGCUUCAGUUGCAGUGGGUACUGGUGAAGCUUCUUGUGUCACAACUUAUUCUGAUUACAGUGCAUCUGAUGCUUCUAAUUCUAUUGAUUUGUCUCUGAAGCUUUCAUAUUAAUUAGAACCAAGAAAUUAACAUGUCUAGUUUUGGUUAUGAUGUCUUUUCUUGAUAUAUGUGUGUCGUGUGAUUGCCUGAACCUAAACACAGCUUCUUAUAAUUUCCCUUUUGUUCUUAAACUAAUUAAUUUAUAGCAAUGCGAAAACAGUGCAGUA